AGUCUGAAUCGAGAUUCAGUCGUUGCUGUUGUGUUCACGUCGACCGAGUUGUGAGAAACUCUCGCUUAGCGAGAACGCGCAUAGGGUAAAGUUAGGCGCGAUGAUUUAACGACCACCGACCGUUUUCUUUGAAGUGUUUUUUAGUUAGCUCUCUCGUUUCUCGUUGUUUUAUUUUUUUGGCCAAUGGAUGUGACGGAUGAAACUGGAUGUGAUUGUGGAGUGACUAUGUCCAGUGAUAAAAUUCGUACGACGUGUAGGAUACCAUCAAGCAAAACGAUGGUGCAAAAGCUAUCUCUCACGACGUUCUACUUCUUCUUCCUCGCAAUCCUCAUGGCCAACCUGUCGAUAGCCACGGCCUUGGGCUGUCCGGCAGGCUGCAUGUGCAACGACGACACGUACGUAGUCCAGUGCGAACGCAGCAAGCUCGACGUCAUUCCCAUCACUCUCAACCCGGCCAUCCAGAGGCUCGUCCUCAGGAACAACAAGAUAAAAACCGUGGACGCCGCCUUCCAGUUCUACAGGGACCUGCAGUACGUCGAUCUGUCCAGCAACCACUUGGUGAACAUCCCCACCAAGAGCUUCCUGCAUCAGGAGAAGCUGCAGGAGCUGCACCUGAACAAGAACAAGCUCUCCUCUAUCAACAACAAGACUUUCCAAGGCUUGAAGUCGUUGACGGUGCUUAAUCUCAGGGAGAACUUCCUGGAGGAGCUAGCUAAAGGCUUGUUCUCGAUUUUGCCGAGGCUGGAAGAGCUGAAUCUUGGCCAGAACAGGAUAUCCAAGAUCGAUCCUCUUGCUUUCGAGGGGCUGCUGAGCCUGAGGGUGCUCUAUUUGGAUGAUAACGCCUUAAGCACAGUCCCUACCCCUUCCUUCUCUGUCUUGGGUAGUCUAGCAGAGCUCCACGUCGGUCUGAACGGCUUCACGUCGUUACCUGACGAAGCUUUCAGUGGUCUGGGGAAACUAUCGGUGCUGGAUAUUAGCAGCGGAGGUCUGUCCAACAUCAGCUCGAACGCUUUCAAAGGAAUGACAGGUUUGAGGAGUCUGAAUCUGGCGGACAAUCGGUUGCAGAGGAUCCCCACUGACCAGCUGGGGCAUCUGGUGAGGCUGGAGGACUUGACUAUUGGUCAGAAUGAGUUCAGCAGCCUCGCGAAGGGGUCCUUCAAAGGGUUGACCAACUUGAGGAGGAUUGAUAUCACAGGUGCCAACAACCUGGAACACAUCGAGAAAGGCGCCUUCGGCGACAACCUCAACCUGGAAACCAUCGUCCUGGUGAGCAACAAGCGCCUGGAGAACCUCGCCGACGGCGCCUUGGUCGGGCUGCCCAACCUGCGCCACCUGGUGCUGCGCGAGAACUCCUUCCGAACGCUGUCGGAGUCGGUGACCAGCUGGGGCGAACUGCGCGCUUUGGAGCUCACCGACAACCCCAUCAACUGCGACUGUCAGCUGCUGUGGCUGCUCAACUCCAUCAACUCCAAGAACAUCACCAACGUGCAGUGUUCCACGCCGAAGCGGCUGCGGGACAAGUCGCUGAGGACGCUGACAGCCGACGACCUAGGUUGCUCCUUCGGGGACCCGAGGCAGCAGGCCAUCAUCAUAACGUUCUGCGUGAGCGCCACCAUCCUUCUGGGCAUGCUCGGGCUGUUCCUGUUCCGGUAUAGGCAGCGGGUGCGCGAGGCCCUCAAGGACUACAAGUGGAACAAGCGGGCCAUCAGCAGGAAGGAGCACGAGUACCAGAAGACGUUUCCCGACGAGGAUUACGGCGCACGCGUCGGCCAGCACCAUAUCAAGCAGAUACCGGUGACGGAGUUGUAGCUAGAACUCAGCGCGCCACCUUCUGGGGUAUUCUGUUUAGACGGAGAGGGUAGGCGUGCGACGAAGGGCGGCCCGCGAGGCACGCUGCCCGCCAGCGGUUUCACCUACAUGCCGGGCGACCGGUGCAGGGCCCACCCGAUGCGGUCUCUCAACGGGGGCAGCAACGGGGGCAGCCUGACGCGCAACGGGCUGCCCCAGUGCCAUGUGGACCUGUACCAGCGCUAGAGGGCAUAGGGCGGGGCGGCCAAGAAAGAAGAAGAAUUGUCGAGCAAUAAUACGCGAAUCCAUUCCAGUGUGUGAUGUUUCGAAAGAAUAUAGAGACUGUACAGUAGCUGCUAGGUGUUAUCUCGGAUUGAUGGUCGGUAGGGUCUCUUGUCAAGUGGGGAAUUUUCCAGAAUUUGACCUCAAUGAGGGCUAACACUAUUUUAUUGUCCAUCAGAUCGCGCUACUGAGACGUGAAUUUAAUCGACUCACUCUAGUGGGGUUAGAGUUUUGGGAUUUUUUACUUUGACAUUGACCUCAUGCUCUAGUAACGCCAACAGGUGAGACUGAAACGAUAGCCCUCAUUACGGCAUUUCUCCUGAAUUUUGUUGCAUUUGACGGAUUUCAAGAUGACGUUGCUAUGACAUUCAGCAAUAAAAAGAACAUGUCCAACUUCCUAAACUACCUGUAGUGUUGGAAGAAAAUGAAAAUUGGUUCAAAAUGUCAAAUGUGAUUAAAAUCGGUGCCACUGUCAAAAUAAUAGUAUUUCAAGAUCAAAGCCGGUUGAUUGAAAACUUACCUCAGUCCGAAGUUGGGGGCGCUAGUUAAUUUGAAAAAGACGAGUACACUCCAAGAAAGUAUUCUGAA